AGCAGAAGCCCUAAUGUGAUCAAGAUGGAAGUAGUCUAUGGACUCCUACGUGCUCCCCGGCUUUCUGCUUGUCUUUGGGGCUUUGCUGCUUUUCAACAGCUGUACAGUGACGAUUCUGACUGAAGUUAAGGAAAUGGCUCGUAAAGACCUGGACUAUCCACUGCUUACAAGGAAAACUGGAUGUCAAAACUGAUUCUCGCCUGGUGUCAAAAGCAGCUCUAUGGGAUAGCGCUGGCUGCCCACCAUGCCGGUAGCCAUACGGAAAAGAAGUUGGGAGGAGCAUGUGACUCACCCGUCAGGAUUACAGUAUAGCUAUGAUGACCUGGAUUUGGUGUGUUUUCAUGGAGUUGACGGCCAAGGACCUUGGAUGGCAGCUGGAGCUUCUAAACCAGGACGACAAGCGAGGUGUGCCUCUAUGCCAGAAGGCUGCCAUCAGCUGCCCACAGACGACCUGGCUCAGACACUUAAGGUGACAGCUUCUCUUGAGAAUGGCAAAACUGAAUCGGAAAAAAAUGAAAAGGUUUCACUGGACUUGCAAGAGGAAUCAGUUCAUUUCCCUCAUAAUAUGGUGGAUGUAAACACAUCCCAGACUGCAAACGCAGGGAAUUUUCAAGAUAAUACCUCAAACAGUGUGAGUCCUACCACAAAUAUUUCUUGUGCAACUUAUAUCAGCUCUAACGGCGUCAAAAAUAUCAACCGUGAAGGUGAAGUCGGCACACAGAACACACAGAGUCACGACAUCUGCAGCGAGGGUAAUGCCUUUAAAAGUCCACAUAUCUCUCAUGAAGUGCAACAAUGCAUCUCUAUCUCGUCACACAAUGGGCUUCCACUGUCUGAAUCUGCUGGUGAACAGCCUGGCAAAAUUCCAGAUCAUCAGGAAACAAAGGAGAGCCAUACAGAGGGUUACAGCAGGCCUCCUGAAAUCUCUGGGGCCACACUAGAUUCAUCUUUUGCUUUUGAACUGGAACCUCAACUUGACAUCCCACAGGAUGAAAAUAAGGUUUUACCUUCUGACCAUACUGAUGCAAAUGUACCUUUACUAGUUGGUGUGCCGCACAGUUCAGAAAUGGAGGCUGGUGAUAGGACGUCAUCGGACCGCAAAAGUGUUGAGCCAGUUGUGACCUUAGUGUUAGACGAAGGAUGUACCAGCGGACUUACUGAAAAUACCAGUACAGAUUUUUCUGACAAGCUGGGUGGAUUGAAUUAUCUGGAAAUGCCUAAUGAAAAAAUAAGUCAUCACUCAAGAGAUAUUCAAGGAGGAACUGAAGAGGGCUGCAUGGUAUUGGAUCAGAUCUCUGGUGGUGAAAUGAUGUGUCCAACAUUGUUGGAACAGCCUCAUUUUGAAGAGACGGGAAUGGCCAGGCCUCAGGAAGAGGAAACUACUCGAGUAGAAAGUAGCAAGAAUUCUGCAGAUGUCAGGUAUGGGACAGUCACAUCAUCUGAUAUUGCUGUUAAACGUCAGUGUUGCACUGUAACAGUUAACAUCAAUAUGGUAUCGGUACAAGCGGAGACUGAAAAUUCUGAUAAAGACCUUACAAAGACUGAGAGUGUGCGAAGGAUGACCACUCCAAUUCAACCAAUGAAAGACACGGAUCAAAGCUUACCGACCAGUAAGUUGGUGUCAAGUAAGGAUCAAAACAUAGCUCAGCAAUUGGAAAUUAGCUGUUUAAAACUGGAUAAUAUGCAUGAGGUUAGCCAUGUUGAGCCAUGUGACAACACAGACCUGGAACCUGGAAAGAUUACUGCACCAGAUCUCACGCAAAAUUCAGCUGCCGAGCACUCCUGUGUGAAAGAUACACAUGCGUGUACUAACCAACACACCCAAGACCUGCUAGCGUGCCCUGCAAAGCUGAAGGAUGAGCUCUCACCAGACCUGCUCCAUGGCAACCAGUCCUGUGACCAUUACCUCCAUGAGUCACCUGCCUCUGAGGUGGCAGAUGGUCGGAGGGAACACCACAGAAUGGAAGACGCCGAUGACGCAGUUUUACAUGGAUCGAAUGAACCCGGGGAUCUGAAAAACGACAACUUGGUUAAGGUGCGCAUGAGAAAGCGUGAACAUGCUCGACUGGACUCGAUGGUGUUGCUUCUGAUGAAGCUGGAUCAGUUGGACCAGGAGAUUGAGAACGCGCUCAGCGCUACCUCCUCAAUGGACAGCACCCCCAUCCUCCAUCGAAGACAACUCCAUGAAGUGGAUUUAGGAUCUGUGCCAGCAGCACUAGAAAACACUCCUCAUCCCCAGCCUGUUCCUGGUGCCAUCCCUGUAGGAGCCGCACCGGUCCUUGGAGCGAAACCUAAAAGUGGAUCGACCUUGAUUCCUGACAAGGAAAACGCAGAGAUCGAAGCCAAAGAGGCCUGCACCUGGCUCAGAGCAGCAGGGUUUCCACAGUACGCCCAACUCUACGAAGAUGCCCAGUUCCCCAUCGACAUCUCCUCAGUCACCAGAGACCAUGAUUUCCUCCAUCGGGAUGCUAUUGAGGCUCUCUGCAGGAGACUGAACACCCUCAACAAGUGUGCUCUAAUGAGACUGGAGAUCUCACCACAAAGAAAACGAAGUGAGGACUCUGACGAGGAUGAACCGUGUGCCAUCAGUGGCCGCUGGACCUUCCAGAGAGACAGCAAGCGUUGGUCUCGUAUGGAGGAGCUGGAGGUUUUCUCCUCACUGCCAAUGGAUGCUGCACAGUCACUGUUACCAGUUGAUCAUGUGUCCCAGAAGGGCAAGCGUGUCCUACGUGAGGGUAAUAGUUCAGAGAGCGUGUUGACCGACCUCAGCGAGCAGCCUGAAGUGGGCUCCAUCCACAGCAGUGGGAGCGGAGGAAGAGGAGAGGAGAAGAUCCGUGGCGCUGCCCUGGCCAACGAGGCUGCACCUGCAGGUGCCACUCGUGCCAGCUCUGUUGCGAGCAUGUGCUCGUCCUCGGGCACAGGUGGGUCAGGAUGCGCCAAUGAAGACUCCUUGUCCGAUGGGUUGCCUCCAUCGCCCCUCGAGACACUUGGACAGUUCACGUUUGAUGUGAAAACAGCGAUGGCGGGGCUCGGUGGAAGCCUGGACAGAGGGGGCGGCAGUGGCAAGAGCACACGCUCACGAGCUAAAAGUUUCUUGAAGAGGAUGGAGAGUCUUCGAGUGCGCAGUGGCUCCUCCUCCAAGAAAAAGAAGAAGGGGAGCACCAGCGGAGGGAAGAUAGAAAUCAGUGGCCCUGUCAUUAAAGAGGGUCUAGACGAUGACAAGUUAAAAAGGCUCAACUGUGUAGACAUCUCAAGUAUGAACCUUAACCAUAACCUCAAUCACCACCGCAGUCCCACGCAAACCAUGACGCUCAACCGCAAUCGCUCCGUAUCUUACUCUACUCAGACCAGCAACGGCAGCACUGGGAGCACUGGGAGCAGCCACUCGGAAGCUAGCAGUGGGAGCGCGGUGAGCACCCCGAGCCCCGUGACUCGCGCCCGCAGCCACAGCACAGCAGCAGCCUCUAGUAAGAGGGGAGGCAUGUAUUUGGAGGGGUUUGAUCUUUUCAGCAUUCAGCAGCAAGCUUCAGAUCGCCAGCCGACACCUCCACCUAAGUCUGCCCCACCCAUCCCCUGCCACGCUGCUAAUGGGAUGACGGUCGAUGAGCAGAACCGCAGGAACAACUGCAGCGCUCGAGACAGUUGCAGGCAAGUGGAGGAAGAGGAGGAGGAGGAGGAAGACGAAAGCAUGAUCAUCUUCUACUUGCCGGAAGGGCACAAGCCGGGGACCUUUCCCAAAGCGCUGCGAGACAGCACUUCACGCAGUAAUGGAAACGAAAAUGGGAACUCGGUGACCCUCAGAGGACACCAAAGUAGACGGCAGCAUCGCAGCUCCUCGGGAUCUGUCGACAGCCGCCUCAGUUUUUACGACAACGUCCCCUACACCGAGCGGGGGGAGGAAGGUGAAGAGGAGGAAGGGGACGAGCACAAACUGGAGGAGGUGCUGCAGCGCGUUAGCGGCCUGCAGCGGUUUGUCAACGCCUGGUCUGAGGCUGUGGCUGGCGAGGAAGAGGAGGAGGAAGAGGAAGAGGGGGACUCGGAUUCGGCGUUGGACUCGGCCUCCCCGUGUCCGUCGUCUCCUCUGCAGAAUCGGCUGGAGGAGGCGGAAAACGGAAGUGACCAAGACAGCACGGGAAACCCGCUGGGCGAGGGCGAGGAGGGCAUGAGAGAGAGAAGAGAUUCUGGCGUCGGAGCAUCUCUGACCCGGACCAGCAGGCCACAGAAGCUUCGCUGGCCCAGCUUCCAGAACUCCCACCGGCCCAGCCUGGCCUCUGCCCAGCUCCAGAUUAGCUGCCAGUCUGUGCUGCAGAUGAACCUACUUCAGAAGCUCUCGCUGCUGCAGCUCACGGCUCUGCUGGAGAGGCACACCCCUACGAACAAGCAUGGCUUUAGCUGGGCGGUGCCAAAGUUUAUGAAGCGGAUUAAGGUGCGCGACUACAAAGACAGGAAUGUGUUCGGUGUGCCACUGCAAGUCAUCGUCCAGCGGACAGGCCAGCCCCUCCCUCAGGGAAUCCAGCAGGCCAUGCGCUACUUGCACAACCAGUGCUUGGACCAGGUGGGCCUUUUCAGGAAAUCUGGUGUUAAAUCCCGAAUUCAAGCUCUUCGCCAGAUGAACGAGGCGAGAGGCGCCGACGGGGGAGGCGUCAGCUACGAGGGCCAGUCGGCAUACGAUGUUGCCGACAUGCUGAAGCAGUACUUCAGAGACUUGCCAGAGCCCCUGCUCACCAGCAAGCUGUCCGAGACCUUUCUCCAGAUAUAUCAGUACAUGCCCAAAGAGCUGCGUCUGCAGGCGGCGCGCGCCGCCGUGCUGCUGCUGCCCGACGAGAACCGCGAGGCCCUGCGCACGCUGCUGUGCCUGCUGAGCGACGUGACGGCCAGCGUGGCCGAGAACCAGAUGACCCCCACCAACCUGGCCGUCUGCCUGGCCCCGUCGCUCUUCCACCUCAACACGCUGCGCCGCAAGGAGAGCUCGUCGCCGAGGGUGAUGAACAGGAAGCCGACUCUGGGGAAACCGGACCAGAGGGACCUGAACGAGAACCUGGCUGCCACUCAUGGCCUGGCACACAUGAUCCAGGAGUGCAGGAAACUCUUCCGGAUCCCAGAGGAGAUGAACCACUGCAGGAACUCCUAUGUGGAGCAGGCGCUGCUCCCACGGCGCCUGGAGGAGCUGGCGAGUGAAGAAGCUGGACAGAGAGGCUACAGGGCGUAUCUACAGGAGAGUCUGGAUGCCCUCCUCAAAGAGGCCAAGGAUAAAUUCAGAGGCUAUGACAGCUGCUCCACGCCUGAACAUGUCGAGCUGGCCUGUAAAAAGGUCCAUGAUGGGUUUCCGCUACGGCUGUGGAAGGUGACCGUGGAGGUGCCUGCCGCUCCCGAGGAGAUCCUGACCCGCAUUCUGCGGGAGCAGGCCCACUGGGACGAGGACCUGCUUGAGAGCAGAGUGCUGGAGACUCUGGACGAGAGGACUGAGGUGUAUCAGUUCGUCAGGAACACCAUGGCCCCGCAUCCCACCAGAGACCACGUGGUGCUCAGAACCUGGGUGACUGACCUGCCGAAGGGGGCGUGUGCACUCAUGUGUACCUCUGUGGACCAUGAGGGGGCCCCCGUGGUUGGUGUUCGAGCCAAUGUCCUUACCUCACGCUACUUUAUCGAGCCCUGCGGGUCCAACAAGUCUCGACUCACGCAUCUCUCCAGAGUCGACUGCAGGGGCCGUUUUCCGGAGUGGUACAACAAACUCUAUGGACACUUGUGUGCUGCUGAGGUGGCGCGGAUACAUGACUCAUUCACUGUGCCCAUGGACAAAUGAACAGCAGCGUGCAAUUACGGCAACGUCAUUGUCAACAGCUACUUUGAACUGCUAACUAUAAUUGGAUCCCACUGAGGACCUGCAGUGAGUCAUUCCGCCCGUUCCAUCCGAGAUGUAGGAGACAUCAAAGACUCUCUAUGCACACAUUCAAACAAACAAGCCAAGCCCGGAUCCUGGAUUGAAGGUCUUGGUUUGUUCUGAUUAUGUCAGCGUGUAAAACAUUUGCCAGUGUUGCCAUCUGAGGGCCAUUUUAUUGGAGCUGUGGAUGCGAUGCCAAUAGGACACAUGUCGCACAAACACUGAUCUGGGCCAAAGGACAUGAUGUCGCUAACGCAGGAUGGGAGGUUUAAACUUUAUCCUUUGGGUGCUAUUGCUUCUGAGAAGCGACGGGGGGGUCUGUAUGCAAAGCAACAAACAUUUUUCGCACUGGUCUAUGGUCACAACAUAAUGUGUAUGUACAGUAUUCUGUUCAGUGAUAGUGGCCCUCAGUUUCACCUCUGUCCUGUCUGAGGGAGAACAGAUAAAUAUUUAUGGCUGCCUGACUGAUGAGUCCAUGGGUGAAGAAAGACGUGAAUGUGCUGGUAGUUUGCAGAGUGCGUGGAGACAAUUGGUAGAAUGUGUAAGCUAGGGAUGUGGCUGGAGAGGGUUUUAGCGUUGCAGUAGAUGGAGCCAGUGACAGAUGCAUACGGUGGCUGGCUCACCUAAAUGAAAGACUUUUAUUUGCAAACCAAUAAUCUCAUAUCAUAUCCAGAAGAAGUUAUUUAGCUAGUGACAGCGUAAUCCAGUGAUAUAAAGCACACAAAGAUUCAACAAGUCUAGGUUAGAAGAAGUACCCUCCCCAUACUAAGCUUCUCCUCACCACUAAAAAGCAUCAGAGCACAGAACUGUUGUUUGCUGGACAUCACUUAAAAAAGGUUUCACGCUUGCUUUUAGGUUCACACAAAGAGAAAAAACAAUGCACUGUUGUGUCAGACGUCCUUUAAGAAGUAACGAGAUGUAAACAGCAAAAGGUCCUUUUAUAAAGGUGGACAUUUUACAGGUUUUACUGUAAGGACGAGGGCAGAUUGAAUGUCGUGUCGUUGUAAAGGAAGGAAAAACCUUUGUGUAAGCUUCUUGCUCUCUACUUUCCACUGUGGUUCAGAAGGCGUUGAUCCAUCCAUCAAUCCAUCCGUAACACUUGCAUCCAUGUUCAUUUUGAUUUGUGUGACUAAUUCACUAAGCCAUUGUUAAUAUCAUAAAUGUAUAACAGCGUCUCUGCCAAAUAAUAACACAUGGCAAUGACAGUUAAUUUAAAACAAAUAUAUUUAUACCUCAAAUAUAUGUUUGCUUUGUAUCAUACCAUUCUAUUGUAUUGUAUUGUAAAUGUUAAGCUUUGUGUUACAAAUGAACAAAUGUUUUAUCUUUUUUUAUUAAUAUUAUUUCUGUACAGCUUAAUCAAAGUGCACUAUUAAAUGUAUUAAAGUAAUGAGUGGGAUGGAGA